AUGAGCAUAACAAUAUUUCCCACUGUUGAGAAAUGCACAUCAGAAGGACGAGAAAAAGCUACACUAGUUACUGACUUCGAUGGAACCUUACUACGAGAUAGUAGCUCUUUCGCUUAUUUCGCGUUGGUAGCUUUCGAUGUUGGUGGGGUCUUAAGGUUACUAUUUCUUCUCUUAGCUUCACCUCUCAUGGGGAUUCUUUAUUAUUUCAUCUCCGAGUCUGUUGGAAUUCAAGUUCUUAUAUUUGUAACAUUUGUAGGGAUGAAGGUUUCCGAUAUAGAAUCAGCAGCACGUGCUGUGUUGCCAAAAUUCUAUUCUGAAGACCUUCAUCCUGAGUCUUGGAGAGUGUUCUCAUCGUGUGGGAAACGUUGUGUUUUGACUGCCACCCCUAGGAUUAUGGUGGAACCUUUUUUGAAAGACUACUUAGGGACGGAUAUCGUUUUAGGGACCGAGAUUGAAACAUAUAAAGGUAGAGCAACUGGCUUUGUUAAAUCUCCCGGAGUUCUUGUUGGGAAGAACAAAGCUGAUACUCUUACAAGCACUUUUGGAGAUACUCAACCUGAUAUUGGCUUGGGUGAUCGCGAUACUGAUAUUCCUUUUGUGACAUUGUGUAAGGAAGGCUACUUUGUUCCAUCAAACCCAAAAGUAAAGGCGGUAAGUACAAAAAAACUUCCCAAGCCUAUUAUAUUCCAUGAUGGUCGUCUUAUCAAAAAGCCAACACCACUAAUAUCUCUUCUCAUCAUUCUUUGGAUCCCCUUCGGCUUCUUCCUAUCUUGUUUGCGAGCUUGUGCAGGACUCCUCCCUACACCUCUUCAAUACUACGCCUCAUGGGCCAUGGGUGUCCGUCUCAUAAUCAAAGGAAACCCACCACCCCGUAUCAAGAAAUCUAAAGAUCAAUCAGGCGUACUCUUUGUUUGUUGUCACAAGACUCUUUGUGACGCUGUUUUACUCUCUACAGUGUUAGGUCGCCCUAUCCCAACAGUUACAUACUCUCUUUCGCGAUUUUCUGAAAUCAUAGCACCAAUUAAAACAAUUAGACUCACUAGAGAACGAGGUUCUGAUGCAUCCAUUAUAAAACAACUAUUAAAAGAAGAUGAUCUCGCAAUUUUCCCAGAAGGGACUACUUGUCGCGAACCAUUUCUUCUUAGAUUUUCAUCAUUAUUCGCUGAGCUAACCAAUGAGAUCGUCCCCGUGGCAAUGGUGAAUAAGAUGAGCAUGUUUCAUGGUACAACAGCUAGAGGAUGGAAAUGGAUGGACAUAUUUUUCUUUCUCAUGAAUCCACGUCCCACUUAUGAAAUUACAUUCUUCAAUAAGUUGCCGUAUGAGUACACUUGCAAGUCUGGGAAAUCAAGCCAUGAAGUAGCUAACUACGUGCAAAAGGUUAUCGCGGAAACUCUCUCUUACGAGUGUACUAUUUUUACCAGGAAGGAUAAGUACAUCGCGCUUGCAGGAAACGAUGGCACAGUUAUGAAGAAAAGUUGA